AGUUGAGUGUCGCGCUCCGUUCUUGUCGCCCGCCGCUUCCGCUAGCGCGUCCGCUCCGCGAUGAAGUCUAAAGUGAAGGGAAUGCGUUCUAAAAACAUGGACAAGCUUAUCGCAGCUGUUCAAGCCCGCGAAUGUUUGUGGGAUAAAAGCUAUAGAGGUCAUAGGAACAGAUUUAAAUUGGAAAGGUAUUGGAACGAGGUGGCUGCAGAAGUCGGGACGACUAGUCUCAACUGCAGGAAGAGAUGGAAAAAUUUAAAGGACCAAUGUCGGAAGGAGAUGAAGAAAAACCCAACAGAAUCCGAGUGGCCACAUUUCCAGAAACUGAAGUUCAUACACAAUCAGUUCUUGGCAGAAGACGAAGAAGGCGACGAAGACACCACCGAUGAAGUUUUCAACUCGUUAGAUGAAUCUAUUAAGACACCAAAGCUUGGUUAUACUAUGCGUAAGAAACUGUUGAUGAACAAACGGAGAACUAUAGAUGUGGAUAUGAACAAAUUGAUAGAUUUGGUAAGAGCGAGAGAGAUAAUUUGGAAUAGACAGUUGAAAGGACACCACAAUUGGUACAAAUUGGACGAAAGUUGGAAGGAGAUCGCCCAGGAGUUGGGAGUUACACGUGACGAGGCAAGACUUAAAUGGAAGUAUCUCAGAGAUCAAGCACGCAAAGAGGUCAGAAAACAGGACUCCGAAUGGGAAUACCUACCCAAAAUGCAAUUUCUAACGAACCAGUUCAAUGAUUAUGAGAGUAAUGACGUCAGCCAAGACGAUCAGUACCACGAUUACGAUACUGGUGCAGACCAGAGCAGCAGUUACUAUUUAGAACCUCCCCCUCAAGAAGUGAAUGUCAGUGUUAGUGUCAAAGAUGAUGAAUUUGACGAAUUCGAUACUAAGCCUAUAAUUCUAGAGACUGAUUUCUAUGAUGAUGAUGAUGAUCCACAAAAGAGUGCUGAUACCAACAAUGAACCCUGCGAGGGGAAUAAAGACGAGGAUGUUGGAUUUUUCAGUAGUUUAUUACCGCAUGUAAAGAAAUUAGGGCCAGCUAAGAAGCUUAUGUUGAGAAUGAAGAUACAAGAAUUAGUUUAUAAUACAGUUUAUAGUGAUCCCUAGGAUUUGCCUGAUUUAUAAUGAACACAGUUAAAGUUUAUAUCUAGAAGCUUAUUGCGUAGCAGUGGAGUUUAAAAUAGCGUUUGUUAAAAUUGAAGUUUAAGAAACCAGAUAAAAGGAACUGACAAAGUAAGACAAUUUACGGAUAAGUCAGUUAGUCGUUUUGAAUAUGGAAUAGAAAUAAAUUAAUUCUGAAAAUCUAAAAGUAGAUUGCGCUAGUUACGUUGGCGGGCAUGUCAACUGUCAUUUGGUUAAUUUCUUUUUGAUAUAUAAUUUGUGUUGAACCGGAUUGAUAUCAGUUUUUUCUAUCUACUUUUGCAGAACUUUUUCGUAAUUCAUAUUUAUUACAUUUGACGGUACAACAACCAUAUUUCUUCACUGUGUAAUUAUCAUUUACGCAGUUUACACUUAUACUUAACAUUCUUAUGGACGUUAGACUCCAGCCAUACUAGCGUCACUUAGCGGGAGUAAAAUCAGACAUUGCCAUUGAUAUUAAAGACAUAAAUUACAAUAUUAGUAAAUAAUAUUAUCAGGAGGGAAAUUCGAAUCUUUAGGAAUAUUAUAAUAUUUCUACACCGUCCUAUGGUCUAGUCUGUUUCUAAAUUAUAUCCAUUUUAAAUUUGAAUCGAUGAUCGAUACAUCUGUGUAUAUCUUGCGAAUUUUUAGGAUAAUCUAUAUCCUUUAAUUAUAAAUGUUAUAUUCAUAAUAAAGAAAUAUGUAUAGGGAAGACAACGUUUCGUAUAUUUUAUUUAUUACAAAGUACUGAAUAACUAAAAUAUAUUUUAUUGAUUUAUGCAUAUCUAUCUGUCGUUUUCCUAUAAAAUAAGUAUAAUCAACUUUUGUAUAUGUGUCACUACGAAAAUAUUUUGAAUGAACCAUUAAACAUAAUUUUCGAAAAUGACACUUUUUUUCGAAUUAUUUGAGUUGUAUAUACUAAUGGGUUAUUCCCAUCAACUUUAGCAGUACUUAUCUAAUGGCUCUACAAUGAAACUGAUUUAUUACGGCUUAUAAAAAGCAAAAUUGGGUUAGCUUUGCCCCGGAAAUAUAUUUCUUAAUAUAUUUUAAAGUUAUGGUAUUUAUGUACUUAUAUACUUUUUUAUUUAUAAGUUCAUAUAAGUUCACAGCACCGAAAAAUACAACUAAUGUAAUUACCUGUGACAUGAAAAAUAGAUUUAAUUGAAUGGAAAAGUUUUAUGUUGUAACAUUUGGAAAGCAUACGAUAAUUCAGUUGAAGUGAAUUAUUAAUUUCACUAUUAUUUAUGGAUAAAGCUGCUCCUUUCUCGCUCAAUGGUGUAUCGUCCUAAGAAGCACUAUAAGGUACCUGAUCACUAUUUUUUAUUUAUUUUUUACUGUUCAAAGAGAUAAAAUUACAGUUUUGAAUAAGUGUUGUGUGCUCAUUUAUUGUACACAUUCCAAGUCUAAAACUAUUAUAAUAAAUGAAUAUC